UAAAUAAGUGUGAAUAGUAUCGCUCUCCAUAGUAAAACUACAAAACUAGGUUGACCACUUGCCUUUUCAGUUAAGACAUCCUGCCUUACAGCUGGGAUGGAUACGAGCGAAGUAGAAACACUAACUAUAAAACUCCGGACAGAGGAGUUUGAAAAUCUCGAAACGUUUUUUACCUGUUUAACUGGCAGCGGGCUGGGUCGUCAGCGGUUUGACAGAGGUUUGCUGUAUGUCCGGGGUAAUAACAUAUUUUUCUGAAGCGAAACCAAUGUUUAAAUCCAGUAUAUGCACCUCCAUAGCAUGCUAUAGCUAGCACAGCGGAGCGGCACUGUGUGUCGAAGCGUUGGAUUUAAACGUUGGCUUAGCCCCGGACUCGUAUUUUAUCACUACGACCAAGGCGGUCAUACAGCAGACACAAGUGAACACAAAACACUUAAAGGUGGAGCCCGCAAAUGACAUAUAAAAAAGAAGGUUUGAUUUGUUUCCCCUAACGGUUUUCGUAGGUAACUAGCCAGCUAAGUUACUAUUCUGUGUUGGUAGUAGUAGUAUUCCUUUUCUUUUUUUCAAUAUAAUAACUGUGUGCAUAACAGACACCAAAAUACUCUGGUAAUAGUGAAAACAUUUCGUUUAAUUAAAAGUCAUUUUUAACGCUUUUUUGACGGAUGUUUACGUUCUGACUGUGAGGUUGCGGUGCUACGUAAACUACGUCAUCUCCGAUUCCUCAAUCCUCUCCACUCAUCAACAUCGUAACGGUAGAGAAGGCGACCAGGAUGCCCUGUCCUACCUAGCUAAAGCGGUGGGGGUUUUUUUUAACUGUCCAACGGACACAAAGUUUAUUCCGUUCAUUUCACAUUGGCUGGACAACCGGACACUAUGGAGGAACCGUGGGACUUUGAGUUUUUAUCCCGCAUCGCGGACAGCUGCUUGUCGUUUCUCUCCGAGUUUGUGGACGACUGGGUCGCCAACGAUAUGAGAGUCUCCAUAUUCAAAAUCUUACUAAGCUGGUUAAUUUUUAGUCUUAUUGCAAUUCACUUUGCAUGGAAAGUCUACGGGAAUACAGUGAACGAUAUGUAUUACCGACAAGGGGCUGGACAGAACGGAGGCACACCUGACACAGCACCUCACCUGAGUGGAUGGGAAAGCAAAAUAGGAGAUACUCUGAAGACUCACCGAGAUUAAUAGGACAAUGGGUUUGGACUUUAUCCAAGUGAGAACUGGACAGUUUCCCAGAAACACUGACUGCACCCAAGUUUUCUGAAAAUCAUCAUCUUCAGUGCAUUCAAGAUGGAUGCACCGUUUGACAACCGCCCAGAGAAACAGAUGUUAUCACUUUUUAUGCAUACCAACAGUACCAACAAUGAUGUCCACUGAAUUGACUAUAUAGUGCUGUAAGAUUUACUGAGGACUGUCUGCUUUGGUCAAUGAACAAGACUUUAUUCUGCAUAAAAACAUUGACUUUAUGGUCAACUUUUUUCAUUUCUUUCAAGAGGCUUCAAAAAAUAUACAUAUUUAUGAGUCUGAGUGUGAAUUGUGGAUGCUUUAAGAAUUCUGUUUUGAAUUCUUAAAGCGUAUAACAAUAGCAAUAACAGCAGAUUAUUAACAAAGAUUAUUUGCGGUGGAUAGGGUUGUUUUUAUCACUGCUAUUUCAUAAGUGAUGCAUAUGGUCUGUCUGAAGCCAGAUCCAUGAAAAUCUAUUCAUGUCACAUCUUCUCUGACUUUCCAUGAAAUUUUAACAGCUGUUGUUUCUUAUAACCUGUAAAGAGCACUUCCUGCUGUUAACAGGAAACACAAAAUUUCUGUGUUAAGUAUUCACCCCCUUUGACUUCUUUGUGUUUCAUUCAUUUUUUUUUACAUUGACACACAGCAAAACCUGUGUUGAAGUGAAAACAAAUAUCUACAGAUUGAUUCAAAUUAAGUACAAAAAUAAUUCAUUAAACAUUAAGUAAUUAUACAUUAAGUUGAAAAUUGCUGCUCAUCAGGUUCCCAUGUUACUCAGAAGUGCUUGAGCUGUUUUGCAAAGAAGAGUGGAGAAAAAUCAAUGUCCUUAUACAGACCUAUCCAUACUCGGUAGACUCGAAGUUGUAAUUUCUGGAAAAGGUACCUCUUUAUUUGAGGAGGGUGAACACACCCAAUUGUUUUUAUUUUAAUAUUUGUCCUCAGGAUAUAUCAGUUUGUUUCACUUUGACAUUAAUGUUUUAUGUUAAUCUGUGUGGAAAAAGCAGUGAUUUAAUGUGAAGUAAUAAAACAUGAAAAAAAGG